GAUCGUCCUUGGUGGUGGCAUGCAUCAGCGAGUGGCGACGGCGUGAGGCGAAAGGGCUCCACGUAUAGUUAGUAUCCCUCCGACUGUGUUGGACGUAGAAAGCAGAGCGAGGAGCGGGAGGCGGCGGCGUCCAUGUCGGAGGGGACUCGAUCUGCGGCGGCUAGAGCGAGAAGGGCGGCGUCCAACCUUGAAGUCGGAAGAGUCGUGCAUGCAGGGGGCGGUUUGCCGGUUUCUAUCGUAAUUUUCGGAUCUAAACAAGGAGUUGGCGUGUGGACUUGUAGGAGUAAUCAGCGGGACUGUUUUGUUGUGGGCAAAAUUAAGGGAGGGGAGAACAAACGAUUUUAGACCGUAUGAUAUAGACGGAUGGACGGUAUGGAUUCAAUUUUCCUACGGCACUUCGUGCCUUUAUAAGUAGUAGAGAUAGAGAUAGAGAUGAGACCUAACGUAAGAAGAGAGAUGGUCUUAUCCCAUAUUAUCCAAGUCUCGACCCAGCCUAAAAACCCAAAUUCGCGUUUGCCCCAGCCUCGCGUGAGAAACAACGCAUCCACGUAGGAUCGUAUGAAUUUCGGACGAAAUUUGUCGUAGGUAUAGCAAGACUUGUAGACAUUACGUGGGCCCUCAGGUAAAAACGAGCCGAGCCAGGUUCUCGGUCUUCGGUUCCACGCCCCCGUCUUCGGAUCGCUCCCAUCGAAACCCUAGCAAUUUGGCACCCUGACACCGCCGCAUGCUGAUCGCCGGCAGGUUACGUCCACCGCCCUCCGGCGAUGAUAUGCACACACGCCCCCAAGUAGCAAUCUGGAUCGAGCCUCAUGGUCGAUGGCAGUAUGGCAUGAGAAGGCGGAGAUUCGAUCUGCACGGUUUGUACACAUAUUCUUACAGUUGCCGAUCCAUCUCUCGUCAACAUACUGCAGACCUGAUUGAUCUGUUGCCCCAACUUAUCAAUCCAACAUAUUAGCACGCCAAUAAUUUGGCGAUGGCAGAAGUUGCCAAAAGAAAUUCGAGCCGAACAUUUGUUGACCUGCUAAUAUAUUGGUUUGGUAAAUCGAUCCCAUCAACCAAUCAACAACCCCCAUGAACAGAUGCAUAGGCCACGGUUCGUGAUGCAGAGCACAGUGCAAGUCAUGCAUGCUUCAGGUGUCUACGGGUGCAUGAUCCAAUCAGACAUGUUAUGUGCAUCGACAUGCCAGCAUAUCACACUUUUUGUUAUUAAAGGAUGGGCCUGGCGGCUGGCACGGUAUCUCCUGGGUCCUAAAUUUCAAUCAGCCUCUUCACAAAGAAGAUACAGUGUAACAAAAACAAAGGAAAGAUUGCCUCGGGCUAUAACGUGUGGAAGCUUUGCUACUAGGAAGUGUUCCAUUCCUGGGUGGUGAACGACUUAAAAAAAAUUAUUUUGUCCCGAGAGCUUUCCCCUCCCUUCCCCUGCCCCAUACCCUGCACAACAAACCCCACGACUCUGAUAUGCCCGCACCACCGCCACCGGAUAUCCCGCCGGUCGCCGCCGGUGAGAUGUCCCUGCUGGGCACGGCCAUCGGCGCCGCGAAGGCGGCGCAGCUACCCCAGGUCGUCAGCGACGCCUUCCACUCCUCCGACACUGUUCUGACCGAGAUCUGUGAGUUAUCCGACUCUGCUGACAACAUACACUGCAAGGAAAAACUGUCGAAAUAUGAACCUCUUGAUGAUGCUGCGAUAUCUAAAUGGCUCCUGUCAAUUAUUGGCACUCACAGUGCCCAUAACAUUGAUGUUAUUGUGGAUACAGUUCAUGAACUUGCCCCCAGUACAAACUGGCUGCAUGUAAUGGAAAAUCUUGAUCAUGAGGAUCUCAAUAUUCCGGAUGAAUCAGGCUUUAAUUUACUGAUGGCGGUAUAUGCCAGAGCUUCUAAGGAGCCGUUUCCACUGCAUGCUGUUUGUGGGUCACUGUGGAAAAAUACCGAUGCCCAAAUAUCAUUUUUAAAGCAUGCUGUUAUGGCUCCUCCUGAUAAGUUUUCAUUUUCACACUGCUCAAGGCAGCUGGAAUAUCUGGAUUUGGGUAGUCUUAGUCGAGGCAAUCAGGCUUGGUACUGCCUUGACCUUUUGGAGGUGUUAUGUCGACUUGCUGAUGCUGGACACAUUGUGUCGGUGCGGUUGAUGAUUGAGGAUCCACUGGGACAUUGCCCUGAACUAUUACUCCUUGGUCUUGGACAUGUCAAGACUGAGCAUAAUCUCCUUCAAAAAGAAGUUCUAUCAAGUGUAUUCUCUACUGUACUGAAGGACACUGCAAAAAGCAAUGUGGUUAAGUAUCUCUGGAGAGUUAACCCCUGCCUUACGCUUGGAGGAUUUGUCGAAGCUCAUUCUGAUCGAAAAUGUCUUCUUAGAAUUGCUGAUCUAUGUCAACAGUUGCAGAUCCUUUCUGCUGUCCUUGAUUCUGCUCCGUUCCCAUUCAACAUUAAACUGGCUGCUGCUGCUUCUAGGAAAGAUCAGGACCUUGUUGGGAAGUGGCUGAGUGAAAAGUCAGAAGUAUACAAGAGCCUUUUUCUUGAGGAAUGUGUUAAUAUCCUGGAAGAAAUUUUGAGCAGCUCCCCCAUGAAAGAACCUCAAGUCGAAGUUAUGAAUAUGUAUUGGCGGUCUUCUCCUCUUUUUUUAGAGGUUUGCCGGUCUCACUCAGGAAAGCAAGUUUCCACCCAGCUACUGGAUAAACACUCUAAGGUCAAUGAGGAACAAAUCAGAGACAUGACUUUGAAAUAUCUCCUUGGCAUUAUUGAAUAUCACAUUGGCAGGCUAGUAAGAGACCAACGGUUCUGUAAGGGUUUCAUUUUCAAAGAAGAACGGAAGCUUUUUGAGCUGAAAGGUCAGAGAUAUGAAUAUCCUCAUGGCAAACCUGACCUUUCGGAAGAAAAAUUUGGUCCUAUUGUACGUAAAUUGAAGACUUUAUCUAAAUCAAAUCAUGAAAGUUUAAAAUGUAUGAAGGAAGGACUACUUGCAUGUUUUAAUAGCGAUCCUCUAUUAUCUGAAGUGAAGGCCAUUAUUAUGGAAAACACGGCAAUUUUUAAGAAGGCUGCUCCAGUUAUUUCCCAGUAUCAUGAUUUCAUUGACAGAGUAAAUACAGAGAUCUCAUGGCUUAAUAGGGCUGCGAAAAAAGCUGAACAUGUUUACGGUCUUCUCUCGGGUCGCCAGCCAGUUUUGGCAGAAUUGGAAAGUCGCAUUUAUGAGCUGAAGAGAAGAGUAACCGUUCUUUCAAAAGAAUGCCCCGAAAGUUUGUACUCGCGGUGUCAGGCUUUGGAUACCGUGGCCAAACUUUGGGAAGACGUUGACCUGCUGAUGAAGGAACUAGUAAUGUUUAGACAAGCAGCUGAAGAUCUGUGUCUUAUCUCGAAGAACCUCAGAAGCCUCCUGAGUGAGAAAAAUAUGUAUGCUCACAGGUUCCACAUUACUGAGCAACACAUAAAGAGAGAAAGUCACCAACUGCACGGAGCACUACUUGAUCUUCAGCUCAAGGUGGAGCAGGCAGAGGAAUCUUAUGUGGAGAAGAUGGCUGGACUGUCUGAGCGAGAAACUCGACCCAUGAAGUAUGAAAAAUUAAUUAUUGACAACGCCAUUUCCUGGAGGACUAGGCUGUUCCGUGGAAAGAAUAUACUGGGAACUAUGAGAGAACAGGGACUAGACAUGUGCGGUUAUGUGUCGACCGUGGUGAUGACAGAGUCACUCUUCAAAAGAGCUUGGCCCUGGCCCUCUGAGUUUGUCAUUAAACUCUCUGAAUAUCACCUCCAAGAUAUCGUGAGGGCCUUUUGUGCCAAAAAUAAAAUGAAAGGCAAGGACACACUUGAUGUUUGUCUUGGAAAAAUGGUAGAGACGGGCGUUGUUAGUGAAAGUACGUACAACGGAGCUGACUUCGACACAAUGGGCUUUGAUAGAUACCGCAUAUCUGAAUUUGAAAAAUUGGAGCCUCCUUAUAUAAAUGAAUCUAUUGAUAAGUUGGAGGAUGGGACAGUUUUAAUCGGAACUUUUGGGAUUACCAAAGGGUAUUUCAGCUUGGGGCCUGAUGAUGUGUACGAUGCUCCAGAAGAUUCUGAGUUUGAGAUAGGCCCAAGUGGAAAAAUCCCGACACAUGCUGUUGUCAUAGUUGGCUAUGGGGUGACCCUUGCAGGUUUCCCAUACUACGUUUUCCAAAACUGGUAUGGACCAGCUUGGGGCAGAGAUGGCUUCGGCAUGGUAACUGCUCGUAGUAUCAGGCUCAUGUAUGCAGCAGAGUUGUAGAUAGACUAGGAAGUGUGACGAGGCGUAGUGCGGUGCGUGGCUAACAUUUGCGCAGAGCAGCUUUGGUUGGUCAAUGUAGCAGUGGAACUCUUUGUCGUUGUUUGCAUGCGGUUGUCUGCGGCCUCUGGUGGCGUGGGCUAGACCACACGAGUUGUAAAUCAGACCAAGAAAAGCGCUACGUUUAUCUUUUCUUUCAAGUACCAACUCGCCAAGAGAGGUUUGAAGAAGAAUUAUCUUUCUUUGGUAUGUGGCAUGUUUGAUAAAUGUAGAAGGGAAAUAACUGAAGAAAUAGUUAUUGCAGCUUCGUGGGGAAAAUGUAUUAACAGAAAGCGAUUACAUGGAUGGUGACAUUUAAUUGUAAUGGUAAAUUGCAAAUUCUCCUUC